GGCGGGGCGAGAGCGUAGAGGAGGCGCGCUAGUGAGUCGGUGGGGCGGUGGGGACACCUCCGGGCAGGGGAGCGCGGCGGCGGCGGCGGCGGCGGCGGCCGGGCUGUAGUCGGAGCUCCGAAGGGGGCGACUAGGGAACCCGGUGGGCUGCUUUCUCUCCGGUGCUCUCGAUUUUUCUUGCCUUUUGGUCCCGGCCGAGUGUGUCGCCCACUGAGCGGAGAUUCCCGGAGCGACCCUCCCGUCAAUUCUUGGGCGCGGGAUCGCCGGGAGCCUCGCGGUGCCCCGAGCGCGGACCGAGCGCGCCGGGCGCGAAGGCAAGGGGAGCGGAGCCGGCCGCGGGCGGGGGCCCGGAGCUUGCCUGCGUCCCUCGCUCGCCCCAGCGGGUCGGCUCGCGCAGGGCGCAGGGCGCGCGCGAUGAAGGCGGUGAGCCCCGUGCGCCCCUCGGGCCGCAAGGCGCCGUCGGGCUGCGGCGGAGGGGAGCUGGCCCUACGCUGCCUGGCCGAGCACGGCCACAGCCUGGGUGGCUCGGCGGCCGCGGCGGCCGCGGCGGCGGCAGCGCGCUGCAAGGCGGCGGAGGCGGCGGCCGACGAGCCGGCGCUGUGCCUGCAGUGCGAUAUGAACGACUGCUACAGCCGCCUGCGGAGGCUGGUGCCCACCAUCCCGCCCAACAAGAAAGUCAGCAAAGUGGAGAUCCUGCAGCACGUUAUCGACUACAUCCUGGACCUGCAGCUGGCGCUGGAGACGCACCCGGCUCUGCUGAGGCAGCCGCCGCCGCCCGCGCCACCGCACCACCCAGCCGGGACCUGUCCGGCCGCGCCGCCGCGGACCCCGCUCACGGCGCUCAACACGGACCCGGCCGGCGCGGUGAACAAGCAGGGCGACAGCAUUCUGUGCCGCUGAGCCGCGCUGUCCAGGUGUGCGGCCGCCUGCGCCCGAGCCAGGAGCACUAGAGAGGGAGGGGGAAAGAGCA